CCCUAAAGGCCAGUUGCUAAUACUCUAAACAAUAGACGGCUUUACAAGGAACAAACAGUUGGCACAGGCAAAGUGCUGAUUUAUGGAGGUUGACUUUAUCUGAGCAGAAUGAAAAAAGCCACAGAGUUAUAAAAGAACUUCAAAGGGCGGAAUUAUCGACAGAUUUUAUUAAAUGUGGCCUAUCUCGAUGCUAGUUGACAAGCUUGGACAGUCAGUGGUGCGCUGAAUUUUAGUCAUUAAACAGUAAGACACUUGUAAACUAAAAUAGUUUGUGUUGAAAACGUGAUUGGGAAUCUUAUGGAAGACAGUAUCUUUUCUAGUGAGCUGGCUAGGAGGCGGGCUAACACAGUAUCCCAGUUACAGAGUGGUGAUGGCGGAUUUAGAUCGCCAAAGAGCGACAGACGCCGAAGCACAAGCGAUACGUUUCUCACGCUACCAAACAACAACGACGAGAGCCAGCAAACUAUCAUAGCUAAGCCAGGAAGGAACAGAGCCUUCAGUUAUUCGCUACCCCUAGAAGUCAUCAAAAGAAGGCGGAAAAGAGAAAUGCAAGCGCUUUUAGCAAGAACAGCUGGAGUUAGAAGACGAAAGUCAGACGAUUCAGACCUUGCAAAGCGAGAAAAGGUGAUUAAUACGAAUGGUCGACCUUAUAGAAGAAGUAUAUCAGCCUCGGGUGGGUCACAUCAAUCACAUAGAGAGCAGUUUGUGGAUUUUCCGAAAGAGGAGAGAGUCGUAACGCAUAUGAGUGAGGGCGAUAAAGAUGACAAAACUGUGGAGUUCGACGUCAAAUUCUCGCUGUUGGAUGCAAUCGCGCGCGACGACGUAGACGAAGUCUGUGAGAUGUUGAGAAAAAAUCCGUGCAUGGAUUUGACAGUAGAAAACCACCUCGGCAUAACACCGCUUCAUCGCGCAGCAAUUGAAGGAUCAUACCGCUGCCUGAAUCUACUGCUGUCUCAAAAUGUUGACGUGAAUGUAAAGGACAUACAAGGAUGGACACCACUCCAUGAUGCUGUCUACCAUGGGCAUGUCCGCUGUGCAGCGGCGUUGAUUACUGCUGGGGCUCACGUAGAAGCAGAGACAUGUCAAUACACGAAACCUAUUGAAAUGGCCGAGGAAGACAGCAUGUUGUUGUUGGUUGGACGAGCAAUGGCUGCCCCUGGAUUAUUCUUUGAUCCGGACAGAGAGACACUUGUCUGAGAGGUUUAGGGUAAGGAUUUACUACGGCUGUUCUAAAAAGACACGUUUAAUAAAGAUGCUACACAAUAAACCUAUAAGAAUACCUAUAAAGGGUGAGUGUAAAAUGCUUUUUGUGCAUGUGUGUAAUGGAUGAACGGAUGCUUUGCUAUAGCGUAGGGGCUUAGCCAGGGGGCUUAGUACAGGGACUUCCAUUCUACAGAAAGACAAUACUUUCUAAAAGAGGAAAAACGGUCCUAUUAUACGACAAUUGGAAGAGUCCUGGGAUCUGCUCUGGCUAAGCCCCUUACUUGGUCUUCAAAAAAAAAUACUUGACCGCACAGAAAACACGGGGAGUAAAUAAGAGUGACUUCAUAGAAUCAACUAGUUCAGGUGAUUGUCUAAUCAAUAGUUACAGCUCUUCGUAAUAUGAACACCAACCGUCAAAUAAUUAAAAAAAUAUCACAAA